AUGCCGGAUCUUGACCUCGAGAUCCACAAGUGCUGCCCCGACGGCAUCCGGACUCCGAGGCUGGAGGCGCUGCUGCGGGACGGGUUUGCCGUCCACAACACGAGCCUGAGCGAGGGCGAGAGACAGCUGGUCGAGACGGCUUUCGGCGCCGGCCUGGUCCGCGUGCUCUGCGCCACAUCGUCCCUCGCGGCCGGGGUCAACUUGCCGGUGCGGCGCGUCCUCUUCUGGAGCCUCAAGAAGGGCGUGUCCUCGAUGACCGCCACCGACUUUCGCCAGAUGGCUGGCCGCGCGGGCCGCACCGGA